AAUUAUUGAUAUUAAUCAUUUUUAAUAUAUUAUAAUAAUAUGCAAUUUUCCUGGAAAUGUAAAAACAAGAUAUUCAUCUUAAUAUCUCUUCCAUAGAGUGUAAAAAGGUAAAAAUUUACUAAAAAAACGUAUAAAUACCUUCUCUAUGUAUAAGUGAUCACAUAAAGAGUAGAAUUUAAUCAGAGAUACUAUUAAUAGAUUGUUUAGUUUGAAUGUAACUGUAAGUUUUCGUGUCUUCUCAACAAUCAGCUUAAUAGCGAUAGGCUUCGACGCAGCCAGUGGAUUGCGAGCUUUCGUAAAAAUGUAGCCCCGAUUUCUAUGCAUUAUCAUUGCCAAGGUUAACAGAUAUUUGUUACGGUAGAUGGAUAACUUUCUUACAGUGAGAAACGAAACCGCAUUACGUCUUCUUUUGAAUUACCAUUUGAAAAUACCAUAAUUUCCACUACAAUGUUACUCAUUACAGGUCCAAUUACCACGUAAAAUGUGUACUAUUUAUCCUGUAACUCUUUUUUCGGAAUUUUGAAUUCGGCGCUCUCAUAUUAACUAUUCAAUAUUGUCCUAUUAUUAAUUAUGAUUUAAUUAAAUUUGCAUGUUUGAAUUAAUAUUUAAUCAUGGAUUAUAAUCUAAAUAUAAUAUUAUAAUUAUUUUUUCCGUAAACAUACCAAGAUAUAAAUAAGAUAGUGCUUAGUAAAUAGAUCGCGGAUAUUUAUUUUAUAAAUGUCCAAAGUAUAAUGAUUUCUAUAACAUUUGAUAAAUGAAACAAUUUUCUAUCGAAGCUUUAACAUUACAAUUAUAUUCUCAAAUUAAUGAAUUUGUAUAAAAAUCCAUAGUCUAUUAAUAAAUAAGAACAUGAUUUCGGCGUUGUUCGCGGCUAGAGGGUUAACGAAGAGAGGGUUAACGAUAGAUGAAGUUGAAUAACGAUUACAUAAAGUUAUUGGUAAGUAGUCGAGUUGUUCACACGCAAUGUUUAUAGUAGCAAGAUGGGAGAGGAUCUACUGAAAAACGGACGUGCCUGUAUUUCAAAACAUAGUCAUGGAUAAUGAUACUCAGGAAUACCUAUCUUUCUCCAGGCAUCAAAUUCGUAAACAUCAGAAAGAACGCUUUGCUCGGUUUACAUCCGCAUAAAACGCACGAGUAUCUUGAAUACCAAUCGCCUUUCGUACGAAAGAAAGUUUCAUGAAGUUCCCUUCAAAGAUCAUAGUAAGUCCAAUUCGAUAAUAUCAAUCUGUGAUCGUAUUUUGUUUAAACAACAUUAUUAUAAUACAACAGUUAACCUCAAUAUUAAUAUUUGAUCAUAAAAAGUGCAUAAAUUAAUAUUUAGAUGCCUUAAGGAAAAAAUUAAUGUAAUUGUACGUAUUUUCUUAAUCAAGUGUAUGCAAGUAAAAUGGUUCAGGUGUUAAAACUGCAGAUAAAUAGAAAACAAGUCACGUUGAGGAAAGGAAACGGCAUAGAUGAUUUUGAUCCCACUCUAAUAGGCAAUAGGAGAUUGAUCCUCUCACUACAUCAAUUAUUAUGCAAACAUGCUUCGACAGACGCGCUUUCUACCAUGCGUGAAUAAUUUACAUCAAUUAGCAAACAUUAUACAGUAGCAGUUGAUAGUAAAAUGUUGAAAACAAUUGGAAACGAUAAAAGCUACAUUUAAUUCCGCUACGCCUUUCCAAUUUUCAUGGUCCAACUUCACUCCUAUUUCAAUGAACAAAAAGAUUUUUAAUACUUUUAAGGAAAACUUCUGCAUAAAAUUGAACUCUUCCAUAAUUUCCUUAAUCUUCAAUCUGAAAAAUUUAUUAAUGGAGCCCCAUGAUAUACAUAAAAAUAAAACUGGACUUUGAAAUAUAAUUUUUUAAUUUAAAUUUCCCGCGAGUUAAUCAGGAAAUUGUUUAGCAAUAGCAAAACAUAGCCCAGUCAAAAAUAACCCAAAGUAUGUAGCAGAAUUCAAAUUGAUAAGAUAAAAAAGGGAUACAUUUCGAUUUUUGUAUUUUGUUAUGUAACUUGAUAUGUGCGAUCUUUUUGUAAACCCUGCGUGCAAUAUCCGUUUCCGGAUGCUUUGGAAAUGUAUUCCAACGUUUCACCAAUAUUUAUAACUGCGUUCAUUAAGAUCUGAUGACGCACUAACAUAAUAUAAAGGGAAAUGUGCUUUUUUUUAAUAAACUAUACAUCGCAGUAUAGUAUUUAAUCAUCUGAAGUUGUUUUAAUAUCGAAUGUCAAAAAAGGAAAAUUUCUGAUAAAAAUUGAAGAUCGUGACACAAAGUUAUGAGACAGCAUAUGUAGAUCGCAAUGGGACGAUCGCAUGCUGCGUUCUGACAUGAAAACCGGAAUGACACUGCUACAUCCUUGUCAUUAUCUUUUGCAAUGCUUUCUACUUUCUGCACACGCGUUUACAAGUGUAUUCAUUUGAAACGUACAUUGACCAUGUGCGUCGGUCAGCUGAAUUCCAACAUAUUAACGACAAUGACCUAGGAUACUUUAUCCCUGUUCAUAAAUCACGAAUAAUCAAACAGAUUGAUCCAGUCGCUACAAACAAUUACAGUUGAUAUAUUUCAUUUCUUCACUUUUUUUUUAUAGGAAAUCUAUAUUUAAAAUGACAGAAAUAGAUUUCAAAAACGAUAUUCUUUGAUGCAAUAGCAUCCUCUGUUUUAGUAAAUGACUUUUCUUUAUCGAAAUUAAAUUAUAAUUGUAACACGUAAGCGGCCUGUUGACACAGUUUUCUAUUCGCCGCGAAAAAGGCAUCUCCAGAUCAGAGUAUAAAUUGUCCAUUUCUAAGAGACCAUCAAAUGACCGUGAAACGGUAAAAGUCGUACACGCGUAACAACGCGAGACAUUAGUACAAUAUGAAGAAAGUAAAAUGAAAAUGGAAAGUGGACGGUAAACUAAUUCCAAGCGGACGCUUCUUUGAUGUCGUUGCAUAUAUGUAGAACAUUCUGCCUUUUAUAAGCCGCACGAAACACAUGUGUGUCGUAUUGCAUAUUUAUUAUAUGUAUAUUCUCGGGCAGUAAGUCUGAACUAAACAUCGAGCAAAAUCGAACCAUCUUCGUAGAAAACACAAAUUUUAUCUUUUUAUCGAAAAAUUUAAAAAAAAUUUUUAAUGCAAAAAAUAGAAAAUUUUAUAAUUUAGAUCAUCAUAUUUUUAGUUAUAUUUAGUAAUAAAAAUAAAUCAAAUUUCAUAAAUAAUUUAGUUAUGUAAUAUUUUUCUUCAAUUAGAAAAUAGAAAGAUUUUCUCGUUAAUUGUGAAGAUAAGAUUAAAGUAGAAAGAAUAUAAAUAAGUUAUGAUAAGGUAUGAACAUGUGCGCUACACUUUCGAACUCAGAAAUAUUUGUGGUGCGAAAGUUGCAAAGAUAUGUAGUAAUACCGGUUGCGGUUCAGCUUCACGCAUCUUCACAUGCUUGGCAUAUCCUGAAUACGAUGACAAGAUUCUGUGCAAGGACCUAUUCUAGUUACUUUAUCAUAAUAUUAUAAUCCUAGACUUUGUUGUUAGAAAAUUAUUCAUCUUAUAAGUCACAAAUCAUAAUAUGAAUUUAACAUAGAGAAGUAAAUUAAAAACUGCACGAGAUAAUAUUCGUAAUUUCAAAAUUUAAUAAGAAAAUUAUUACCUCGUAAUAUUUGUAAUAUUCGUAAUAUUACGAGGUAAUAAUUUAUUAAAUUUUGUUAAUUUUUCCAAUUGAAAAAUAUAUUAUUAUAUCGAAUGCAAUAUAAUCAAGAAGAGUAGAUAAAUUGGUGUAAUGAACUACUAAAUGAAAUACUAAAGUAAUACUAAACUAAUCAUGAUGAAAAUUUCGUUCUCUCUUUUUCCCGCUAUCAAAAUUGAAUCUACGCCAAUAAAAAUUGUUCUAUAUGCCGCGCAUGCGCUCAAUAUCCUGGGAAAGUGCCAAUUAAAGAGAAGUUCGAUCCUAUGCAACGCAUCUAUACUUAGUAUCUUACUUAUGUAGAUAACUUUGAUUGCAAUGUGACAAAUUGCACUCUUUGCGAUGAGAUUAUACAGAAAACAUAACCAUCACCAUCAAUUGGGAGAAUCCAAAUUCGAUCGUAUAUUUCUACCUUGCUAUCGUUAACUGUAAUUGCUUUGUCAAUUGCGUUAUCAGCUGAUAAUAAAAAGUUGUUUUAAAGUCGAACCAACAACCAUGACUUUUAUUAGGAUUAUUACACCUGAUAGCAUAGAAUAUCGUUAUUUUCCCAUCACAAAAUCUCGCCUAAGGCUGAGUAUGCAAGCUGCUCACGAUGCAAGAAUUUCCUUACGUACACAUUUGGGUGGAGACUCAAAUGUGUAUGAGAUUAUUAUUGGAGGAUGGAGAAACACAAUGUCAGCCAUAAAAAGGAAUAACCAAGAACAAGAUGUGGCAGAAGCAGAAACAAGAAACAUAUUAAAUGCUCAGUAUAUGUUCAAUAUUUGGAUUCAAUGGUGUUGUGAUGGAACUUUAAAGAUUGGUCGACAAAAUGGUGAUGUUUUUCUAGCAUACAAAGACAGAAAUCCGUUUGUUAUAAAUUAUAUAGGGGUUAGCACAGCGUGGGGUGCAACUGGUGAAUUUUUGAUAGAAGAAUCACCAUGUACAUCUCUAGUUGUUAGGCAACAAUUGGUAGACACUUGCUACUGUUGGGUAGAUUGUAACGAGUCAGAUGGUCUUCCACAAAAUGCUGUAAUGGCCUCAGAAGAUGGUUUGUAUAUAGGCCGUGUUCAUCACAGAGAUUCGAUCACACCUGGUGGUAUCAGAAAUAAUGUAUGUACAAUCCCAUGGGGUGGAGCCUCUCACGAUAAAAAAGAUUUUCAAAUAUUAUGCGGCAAAGAUGUGAAUUGGGUAAAAUCAUGGGAAGGAAGUGUUCCUUUGUACGCUCUUCCUGCCGGUGAAACCGAAGACGGCCACGCUCUUUUUAUAGGCAGAGUGUUACACGAAGGUGUAUAUCACAUAGGAAAAAUACAGCCGAAUCAUCAAAUAUGUUAUAUAGGCGUACACGGCCAUGAAGAACGUUACAUAGAUUAUGAAACUUUAGUCGUUUGUGAUUAUUACGCUGUGGAAUAUGUUGGUAGAUAAAAUUCUUUUUGUGGAAAAUAUUUAUUUUUCAUACGAGAUACAAAUUAUUUUUUUAUGUCAUAAAUAUUUAUAUGAUUGUAACUCUAAUUUAAUAGAGAUAAUAUAUAAAUUUAAAAGAGAAUUAUAAAUAGUAUUAUGACGAUAUUAAAGAAUGAUGAAACAUUUACUCAGAAAUCAAAUGGAAUAUAGUUUCAUAUUCAUUAAUUUAUUGUAAGCUUUCAUUGAAUGAUUCCAUUAAAAUUUUAUACGCAAUAUAACAUUGAAAGAAAGCAGGAGAUAAAUUUAUUUAAUAUGUGUACAUUUAACUCCCACACUUUGAUGGUUGAGUCAUCUUAAACCCAGAUACUUUUCAAAUAAUGGAGAAGCAAAUUAAUUGAUCUUCAUGAUUUUGAAAAUUAUAGAUCAAUUUUUUAUGAGAUUAUACUAAAUGCCAUAAGGAGGGCUGGGAAAGAAGUUACAAAAAUAGUGUAACAAAAUUAGAAAAAAGAUCCCAAAAGCAUUCUGUAUGUAUAUACAUUGAAAAUGAUAAUAAAUAUUAUCAUAAUUGUAAUAAGUGUAAAUACUAUGUAGAUGUGGUGACACAAGUACACAAUAAACAUUACUUAUUUAUAA